AUGUUGGCUGUAAACUCUGCAAGGCUUCUAAAUAGAGCUGUUGUAUCACGAUCAAUGCUCUGUCGUUCAGCUAUACCACGUCAUUUUUCUACAUAUACCCCACUUGCAUUUAGAACUUCAAGACAAUUAUUCAAUAAAUCAAAUAACAAUAAUAAAAAGUCUGAUAAUGAUCCUGAGAAGGACUCAGAAAGAAAACCAAAAAAAGAUCAAAAUAAGGAUGAAGAAGAACAGCUUCGUGAAGAAUUGAAAAAGAAAUUUGCCGCAAAACACCCCGGAACUAAUCCAGAUAACCUUAAGAUUUAUAAAUUUGAUUUGAGGACUAUGGGGAAUUAUGUAUUAUUAUUUGGAUCCACAAUUUUGACAUUCUAUCUCAUAAACCGGACAUCAGAAUCUGAGAUUCAACAAUUGACAUUCCAAGAUUUUAUCACCAAUUACAUUGAGAAAGGAUUAGUGACCAAAUUAACUGUUGUUAAUAAGGCUGUUGUCGAAGCCGAAUUAAUACCUGGUGCUGUUUCUAAUAUAAGUCAUAAUCGAAAUGGUAAACCUUAUGUCAUAUUCACUAUUGGAUCAUUAGAAUUCUUUGAAGAUGAAAUGAAUAAAGUCCAAGAGAGAUUGAACAUUCCUAUAAAUGAAAGAUUACCAAUAGUAUACGAAGAUCAUACAUCUUGGUUAAGUUAUAUAAUGCCAAUUUUGCCAACAGUAUUGUUAAUAGGAGGAUUGUACUAUUUGACUAUGAGAAGAAUGCCUGGCGGUGCUGGAGGUGCCGGAGGUGCUGGUGGCCCAGGAGGUAUUUUCAAAAUUGGGAAAUCGAAAGCUAAAUUAUUCAACCAAGAAAAUGAAGUGAAGAUCAAAUUCAAGGAUGUUGCAGGAUGUGAUGAAUCUAAAGAAGAAAUUAUGGAAUUUGUCAAGUUUUUGCAAGAUCCUCACAAAUAUGAAAAAUUGGGUGCUAAAAUCCCUCGUGGGGCAAUUUUAUCCGGUCCACCAGGUACUGGUAAAACAUUGUUAGCCAAGGCUACUGCAGGUGAAGCAGGAGUCCCAUUUUUGUCUGUUUCAGGUUCAGAAUUCGUAGAAAUGUUUGUUGGUGUAGGUGCUUCUCGUGUUCGUGAUUUAUUCAAAACGGCUCGUGAAAUGGCUCCUGCCAUUAUAUUUGUUGAUGAAAUUGAUGCAAUUGGUAAGGAAAGAGGUAACGGAAGAAUGGGAGGUAAUGACGAACGUGAAAACACAUUGAAUCAAUUGUUGGUAGAAAUGGAUGGGUUUGAUACAACUGACCAUGUAGUUGUUUUGGCCGGUACGAAUAGACCAGAUAUUUUGGACAAGGCGUUGUUAAGACCAGGAAGAUUUGAUAGACAUAUUUCAAUCGAUGUACCUGAUGUUGAAGGCCGUAAACAAAUCUUCAAAGUCCAUUUGAAUAAACUUAAAUUGAAAAGUGUACAAGAUAUUGACGCUAAACAAAAGGAUGUUGAUUUUUCUAAAUACCAACAAUUGAAAAAUGAAGAGAUUGAAAAAUUGGCUGGAAGAUUGGCUGCGUUAACUCCAGGUUUUGCUGGUGCUGAUAUUGCCAAUUGUUGUAAUGAAGGGGCUUUGAUUGCUGCUAGAGAAGAUGCACCUUCUGUUGAUACUUAUCACUUUGAACAAGCCAUUGAAAGAGUUAUUGCUGGAUUGGAAAAGAAAUCCCGUAUUUUAUCUCCUGAAGAAAAGAAAACUGUUGCAUAUCAUGAAGCAGGACAUGCAAUUUGUGGAUGGUUCUUACAAUAUGCGGAUCCAUUGGUUAAAGUGUCUAUUAUCCCUCGUGGCCAAGGUGCCUUAGGGUAUGCUCAGUAUUUGCCAAAAGACCAAUAUUUGACUUCACAGGAACAGUUCAAGCACAGAAUGAUUAUGACUUUGGGUGGUAGAGUAUCUGAAGAAUUACAUUUUGAUACUGUUACCAGUGGUGCUUCUGAUGAUUUCAAAAAAAUCACUCAAAUGGCUCAGCAAAUGAUCUUAAAAUUAGGUAUGUCAGAUAAAUUAGGUCAAAUUUGUUAUGAUACUGGUAGCGAUAAUGGUAAUGGGUUCAAAGUUCACCAUAAUUAUUCUGAAACUACAGCUCGUAUUAUUGAUGAAGAAGUUAAGCGAUUGAUUGAUGAAUCAUAUGAAGCUUGUCAUAAAUUGUUGACUGAAAAACUAGAUUUGGUAGAUAAAGUUGCUGAGGAAUUAUUUAAGAAGGAAGUAUUAACUAGAGAGGAUAUGAUUAAAAUUUGUGGUCCAAGACCUUUCCCAGAAAGAAAUGAUGCCUUUGACAAAUACCUUCAAGGAGGGGAUGCAUUUAAGGGGAAACCAAAAUCAAAAGAUCAAAAUAACGAUGAUGCUAAUUCCCCAUCGUCUGCUCCAGAAACAGCAUAG